CCCCCGCCGCCGCCGAGGAGGCGAGCGCGUCCGCCGAGGAGGCCCGCGCGGCGCCAUGGAGGUGGUGGAGGCCGCCGCGCAGCUGCAGACGCUCAAGUUCGGCAGCUCCGGCCACGGGCCCGCGGCACCGGCGGCACCUGAGGAGCCCCGGGAAGCCGAGCAAGCGGAGCAGGCCCCGCCGGCAGCGGAGCAGCCGCCAGCCCCGAGCGCCGACGCCGACGGAAACCCGCCGCAGCUCGACCGGCUGCCCCUAACCGAGGCCUGCGUCACCGGCCCGGACGCCGCGGAGCCGCCGCCAGCCCUGCAGGCCUCGGAUUCAUCAGAUUCGGACUCGGAUUCGGACAGUGAAACGGAUUCGGAUAGUUCAAGCUCCUCUUCUUCAUCCUCAUCUUCAUCUUCUUCCUGUGUAUCACUUCCUCCAGUGCUGUCGGAUGGAGAGGAAGAUGUACAGGUUGAAAAGGAAAACAAGAAUUUUCCUCUUAAAACAAAAGAUGAGUUGCUGCUUAAUGAACUGCCUUCUGUUGAAGAAGUGACUGUUAUUUUGCCCGAAGAUAUUGAACUAAAGCCUCUUGGGAAUGUUUCAAGCAUUAUUGAACAAUUAGUAAUAAUUGAGUCUCUGACUAACAUGCCUCCAGUUAAUGAGGAUACUAUCAUUUUCAGAAGUGAUCGACAAGCGGCAGGAAAGAUAUUUGAGAUCUUUGGACCUGUUGCCCAUCCAUUUUAUGUGUUACGGUUUAAUUCUUCAGACCACAUUGAGAGUAAAGGCAUCAAAAUAAAGGAUACUAUGUAUUUUGCUCCAUCUAUGAAAGACUUCACUCAGUAUAUAUUCCCAGAAAAACUCAAACAGGACAGAGGAUCAGAUGCCUCUUGGAAGAAUGAUCAGGAGCCACCUCCAGAAGCUUUGGAUUUUAGUGAUGAUGAAAAAGAAAAAGAAGCCAAACAAAGGAAAAAGUCUCAGAUUCAAGGGCGGAAAAAACUCAAAUCCGAAUUGAAUGAGUCAGGUGAAGAUUUUGGUGAAGUGCAUCAGAAUUGGAAUGCUUAUGGCUCUUCUUCAGAAUAUUCGAGGGGAUAUCACAACAGGGAAUUCACACGAGGCUUUUCCAGGGGAAGAUAUUCCCGAGGAAGCCACAGCAGGCCUCCCCCUCAGCAGUUGUAUAACUCAGAUCAAAUGGCAUCUCAAGAGACUUUGGGAUUUCCACCUCAGAGACAAGAUAAUCCUGUCCUGCCCCACUAUCCCUUUCCUCCUCCCAUGUUUGAUAUGCAUAACUUUUCACUCCCUCCCCCACCCCCACCUCCUUCUGUAAGUAUGGGGUGGGCUGCACCUAACAUGGCCUCUCAUCCCUUACUUAAUUUACCAUACUCCCUACCACCACCACCCCCUCCCCCACCUCCUCCCCCUCCUUCUCCUGGAGAGAGUAAUUCUUCUCAUUUUGGACCUUACUAUUAGGUAUAUGCUUGUAGUUC